CUGCCAUAAGUGCCAGAGAACAACAGAGACGUCAAAGGAGCAGUUUUGUGCCUGAACGACAUGAGAACAGACCGGCUGUAGGAGACGUGGGGAACCGAUGCAAGUUUAUAGUCAACUCAGCGUCUGACAGAAGGUUCGACAUAAGGGUUGGACUUGUGGAGAAAGGGAAGGAGCUGGAUAGACGGGCUUUAGUGGUGCACAUCAAGGAGAUAAACAACAUCAAUGAAGACACCUGGCAUGGCGGUAUUCAAGCAGCAACAGAUGGAUGAUUUCUAUGAAAUUGGAGAAGAACUAGGAAGUGGGCAGUUUGCAAUCGUAAAGCGUUGUAUAGAAAGGAGUACAGGCGUGGAAUAUGCAGCCAAGUUCAUCAAGAAGCGCCAGAGUCGGGCCAGUAGACGUGGCGUAAAAAGAGAGGAGAUUGAGAGGGAAGUGGACAUCCUGCAGCAGCUCCAGCACAACAACAUUGUAGAGCUACAUGAUGUGUACGAGAACCGCACAGAUGUGGUACUCAUCCUCGAACUGGUGUCUGGAGGAGAGCUGUUUGAUUUCUUAGCUCAGAAGGAGUCUCUCAGUGAAGAGGAGGCUACUCGGUUUAUCAAACAGAUCCUAGAUGGAGUUGAGUACCUCCACUCCAAGAAGAUCGCACAUUUUGAUCUGAAGCCGGAAAACAUAAUGCUGCUGGACAGGAAUGUUCCUCUACCCCGCAUCAAACUCAUAGACUUUGGAUUGGCACACAAAAUGGAAGCUGGGGCAGAACUCAAAAAGAUUUUUGGAACCCCUGAGUUUGUUGCUCCAGAGAUAGUCAACUAUGAGCCACUGGGAUUGGAGGCAGACAUGUGGAGCAUUGGAGUCAUCACAUAUAUACUUUUGAGCGGCGCGUCACCUUUCCUCGGCGACACGAAGCAGGAAACGCUGGGAAACAUCUCGGCGAUGGACUACGAGUUCGACGAAGAGCUCUUCAACAAUACGAGCGAGCUGGCCAAGAGCUUCAUCAGACAGCUCCUGGAGAAAGACACGAGAAAACGGAUGACCAUACAAGAGGCCCUGAACCAUCACUGGAUUAAGCCUUUGAAUACCAGACAGGCCAUGGUGAAGAGGUUGUCAGUGGUCAACUUGGAGAACUUCAAGAGACAGUAUGCCCGACGCAGGUGGAAGCUGUCAUUCAGAAUUGUGGCUCUGUGCAAUCACUUAACCCGGAUCAUGAGGAAGGGGUCCAAGCUGCCUGAGCAGGACGGGAGGGAUUGCGAAAGUGACCAAGAAGAAGACAUCCUGAAGAGGAGGCCGAGGAGCAGAAAGAGAAGCAGCACUUCCUGAGAGAAAGUGUGCCGGUCGACGAUGUUCCGGUUGCAAAACAGUGACUCAGUGACUUUUUGACGCACACUUUGCAGAUGUUGCGUGUCAGGAACAGUCAUCUUACAGUAUCUGUUUGGGUGACUGCUAUAAAUUUAGCAUUUUCAUAGGGCAAAUUUGCUUGUCUUGAUGACCCACAAAACCAACAGAUCAUCUGCCCUAUGUUAAAUUGUGUUCUGUCAUUUCUAACUUCGAGCUACCCUUUUCUGACAUAAGAAGUUAUAGUUGGAUUAUUGUUGACAGCAACUGAGAGGCCAAUGUUAGCACGUCCACAAGAAUGUAGGCAGCGUCCUCUUAUGACUGCAGUCUUAAAAGUCCCUCAGCUGUUGAUAACAUCCGAGUAAUGACAGAGUUAGAUUAUUUUAUUUUUAUUGUGCAGGCUGCCUGUGGUGUAUUGUCCAAAGCACUGACGGAUAAAUAAAAUUGUAGCUGAUCUUCAUAGACAGAUGUUUACAUUUUGUUCUGCUUAAAAUAUAGCAAUGGCUAUGUAAACACACCAUUUACCAUUAACCUCUUAUUUUGCCACAUCAGAAUAAUUAGCUUGAAGACUGAAUACUGAGCUAUCUACUGUAUUUAACAUAGGAUAUUUUAAAUAACUGUAAUUACUCGUGUCAAGUGUAGCAAAAAUUGCAUUUCAUGUUGUGCAUACAUAAAGGCUGUAUACACAUUAAAAACAUUUCACAGUUGAAUAUUUUAAAACAAUUGUUAGAUUCUGAUGUAUUUAUGGUGUAAAUAUAAUACCAGCCACGUCUUAAUUUCACAGUUACUUAUAUCUUAGGUCAUAAAAAUGAUCACACACUGUUUAAAAACACGUGUUUUUUUCUGUUCACUUGUAUGUAUUGUAAAUUUUAAUUUUGUUUAUUAAAUUACUGAA